AGUUCAUAUACGAAUAUCGUUUAAUUAUCAUCACCGGUAUAUUUUAAUUCGGAUGCAAAAAUAUCAGAUAAAAAAAAAAAUACUCUUACGACUAGACGGCUAGCCAAUUUGUAAACAAAAAAUAAUAGUAGCAGCUAAAAAAAAUUUUUAAUAAUUGGCCGGCUACGAUUGAAGUGUUUGUUUGUAUGAGCAUAUGUAAAAAGUGGCAGUGGAGUGGUAUAGUGCUUUUUGGUGAAGUUGAUUUAUUUUACUUUGAGGAAAGUUAAUUCUAAAAUAAAGAAAAUUGGCUAUCUUUAAGGUUUUCAAUUUAAAUAUAAUAAAAAUAGUUAGAAAUUUUAGUAAAAUGUCUAAAACAAAAGAAUUUAAAAGAUUGCCAAAGAAUGUUCUACCAAAACAUUAUAAUUUGGAAUUAACACCAGAUCUUGAAGCAUUUAAAUUUAAAGGACGAACCUCAAUUUCUAUAGAUAUAUUAGAACGUACAAACCAAAUUACUUUAAAUGCUUUGGAUAUUGAAAUUUCUAAAGCAACCAUUGCUUUGUCUGAUUUAAUCGUUGAAACAAAAAAUAUUGAGUUUUCAACUGAAAAUGAAACUGCCACUGUUACGUUUGAAAAAGAACUUCCAGUUGGAAAAGGAGAAUUGAAUUUUGUCUUUAAUGGUGAAUUAAAUGAUAAAAUGAAAGGAUUUUAUCGCAGCAAAUAUUUUACGCCCAGUGGUGAAGAACGUUAUGCUGGUGUUACACAAUUUGAAGCUACUGAUGCACGACGUUGUUUUCCAUGUUGGGAUGAACCGGCUUGUAAAGCUACUUUUGAUAUAACUUUAGUUGUAUCACAAGACCGUGUUGCAUUAUCAAAUAUGCCAGUAAAGAAAGAAGAAGCAUUAGAAAAUGGUUUAAGAAAAGUUGAAUUUGAUAGAACACCAAUUAUGUCAACUUAUUUAGUGGCCGUAGUUGUUGGUGAAUAUGAUUUUGUUGAAGGGAAAUCAAGUGAUGGUAUUUUGGUACGUGUAUUUACACCAGUCGGAAAAAAAGAACAGGGAUUAUUUGCAUUAGAAGUUGCAACAAAAGUUUUGCCAUAUUAUAAAGAUUAUUUUAAUGUUGCUUAUCCUUUACCAAAAAUGGAUUUAAUAGCAAUAGCUGAUUUUUCAGCUGGUGCUAUGGAAAACUGGGGACUAGUAACCUAUAGAGAAACUUAUUUGCUAGUUGAUUCAGCAAAUACAUCAUCUAUUAGAAAACAAUCUAUUGCUUUAACUGUUGGCCAUGAAAUAGCACAUCAAUGGUUCGGAAAUUUAGUUACAAUGGAAUGGUGGACUCACCUUUGGUUGAAUGAAGGUUAUGCAUCGUUUGUUGAGUUUUUAUGUGUAAAUCAUCUAUUUCCCGAGUAUGAUAUAUGGACUCAAUUUGUAACUGAUAUGUAUACCAGAGCUUUGGAAUCAGAUUGUCUUAAAAAUUCACAUCCUAUAGAAGUGCCAGUAAAUCAUCCGUCUGAAGUUGAUGAAAUAUUUGAUGAAAUUAGUUAUAAUAAGGGAGCUAGUGUUAUUCGUAUGCUUCAUCAUUAUAUUGGUGAUGAAGAUUUCCGAAAAGGAAUGAAUAUUUAUUUAACAAGACAUCAAUAUCAAAAUACGUGUACUGAAGAUUUAUGGAACGCAUUACAGGAAGCAAGUAGUAAACCAGUGGCUGCCGUUAUGUCUACUUGGGUAAAACAAAUGGGCUUUCCAGUUGUUUCAGUUAAAUCUGAACAAAAAGGCAAUCAACGUGUUUUAACUUUAUCUCAGUCCAAAUUUAUGGCUGAUGGCUCCAAAAGUACUGAUGAAUUUUGGAUGAUUCCGAUCGCAAUUUCAACAGCAAAAGCGCCCGGAGAAAUUGCCAAAAAUUUCAUAUUAGAUGAGAGAUCCAAAAUUAUUACACUUGAUGAUAUAAGUGAGAAUGAUUGGAUUAAAAUUAAUCCUGGUACUGUUGGAUAUUUCAGAACAAGUUAUACUUCUGAAAUGCUCUUACAACUUAUUCCAGCUGUUAAAAGCAUGCAACUGCCUGCAUUGGAUCGAUUGGGUUUAAUUGAUGAUUUGUUUGCAAUGGUUCAAGCUGGUCAAGCUAAAACCGCUGAUGCACUGAAACUAAUUGAUGCCUACCGGAAUGAAACAAAUUAUACAGUUUGGUCAUCUAUUACAAAUUCAUUAUGUAAAUUGCAAGUUCUUCUGUCGCACACUGACUUGGUUGAAAAUUUCAAUAGAUAUGGUGUAAAUCUUUAUAAACCUAUAGCUGAUCGCCUUGGUUGGGAUGCCAAAGAAAAUGAAUCGCAUUUGGAUACAUUACUUCGUAGCUUGGUAAUUAACCGGUUAGUUUCAUUUAGAUGUCCUAAGAUUUGCGAAGAAGCCAAGAGAAGAUUUAAAGAACAUGUAGAAAAUGUUAAAGUUUUACCAGCUGAUUUGAGAUCUGCAUGCUACAAAGCGAAUCUCCAAGACGGUGAUGAAAAAACAUAUGAAGAAAUGCUAAAACUUUACAGAUCAACAGAUUUGCAUGAGGAAAAAGAUCGCAUUUCGCGAGCUUUGGGUUCCAUUAGAAAUAUUGAAAUUUUAAAAAAAGUUAUAGAUUUUGCAAUGUCUGAUGAAGUACGUGCUCAAGAUUCAGUAUUUGUAAUAGUCGCGGUUGCAAUGAAUGCAAAAGGACGUGAUAUGACUUGGGAAUUCUUUAAACAAAAUUCUGAGAAACUUCUACAACAAUAUCAAGGAGGGUUCUUGUUAGCACGGCUAAUCAAAUAUUUAACAGAAAAUUUUGCUUCAGAAGAGCGUGCCCUGGAAGUUGAAGAGUAUUUUAAAACAAAUGAAUUUCCAAGCACAGAAAGAACUGUUUCACAAUCUAUUGAAACAAUACGACUGAAUGCUGCCUGGUUGAAUAGAGACUUAGAUUCAACUAAAGAAUAUUUAUUGCAACAAUAAUUUUUAUACAAAACGUUUCCAAAUACAUAGCUUAUAUGUUUGAUUACAGCAGAUAUAAAAUCCAAAUCAUUAUACAUAUAAAAAGAAAAAAAAAAAUUAUACCAAAGUUUAAACAUCAAUCACAAACAAACAAAAAAAAAAAAAUAAAAUAAAAAAUAAAAUACAAUGCAUACAUUCUUUUUUUUAAGUUGCUGCACACUAUUAGAAAUGUUUAUUGUUAAAUUCAAAACUUAUCGAUCGCAAUCAUUCACUUCUCAUUUAAAAAUUUUGUAAUGCAAAUUUUACUAUAAAUAGGUGUUUGUAUUUACGUUUUUCAUCAUAAUGAAGGAAUAAAGUAUUUCAUUUACAAUUUCUAAG